AUGCAUAACCCACGGAAAUCAUUUUUAACACAUCUAACACCGAAUACAUUACAAACUAAACAACAAGAAGAAGAAAUCAAGAAAACACCGAAUUCAUUAGAAAGAGAAAAACAAAUGAAAUUAAAUUUUUAUUUCGGUAAACAUAGAAGGAAAAACAUCAUUCCACCCCCGGAUCGACCAAACAGAAACUCAAUCAUAACUGAUUUAGAUAAUUUAAAAUGGCAGGAUGUAAUUCCAUUAAAUGAAAACAAACAACAGUCAGUCGAAGAAAAACAUGACGAACAGACUAACGUUGUUUCAAUAGUUCAUAAUAAUGAUAACAGUAAACAUAAUUUAGAUGCACUCAUAGAGCAAAGGCAAGAGGAAGAAGAUAAACUGUCAUCUGAAGAUGAAAAUGAUACAAAUGAUGAUGAGAAAGAAACAAAUAAUAACAAGAAGAAAAAGAAGAUUUUGAUUUUUUGUAUUAAAUAA